CGCAAAUUUAUCUAACUGUUGUUACGUGUUUGCUCUUGCCAACUAUUAGCGGUGACCUGCUUUUCCGACGGUCGAACCAUCGAGUCGCCCUUGCUCAACUUGACGGGCGACCGUAUUAAAGACUUGCAAGUGAUUCCUCGCCCCAAUCAGCCAGCCACCAUGGUCCCUUCACCGGCCAUGGCCAAACUCAUGCCUCAAUCGUCGCCUCUAGCCCAACCUAUGCCACCUAUGCCGCCCAUGCAUCCCUUGCCUCACAACCCAGCAGCACCAUUCAAUGGUCCUUCUCCCAUGAUGCCGCCCAUGGAACCUUCUUCGUCUUAUCGUCCCAGUCCUCAGUUCGUUCCCAUGGCCAGUCAUACACCCGUCGCCACCAAGUCUUCUUCUUCGUCUUCUUCUUCCAACGUGUUUAUCGAUCCGGCUAUUAUCACAGUCAGUGGGACGCAUAGUGCCACCAAUGGUUCUACUUCUCAACCUGGACCGGAAAUGAAAGUAUCAACAAAACAAGCUAAGGAUGCUACGAAACCUUCUGCCGUUACCGAAGAUGCGAAUGUUGUCAACAAACCGAAUCAGAUUGAUUCUGACAGUAUAGUACCGCCAUCAAAAAAGGCAGACACUGCUAUGAAAAAGGAAUCUGGCAAAGCCAAAGAUUCCAGCAAAACAAAAGAUUCGCCCAAGGCGAGCAAACCCAAGGAUAGCAACAAAGGCAAGGAUUCCAACACACCAAAGGAAUCGAGUCCUUCCAAGACCACCAGCAGACCCGGUACGCAAAAAGCCUCCAGCACGGCAAAGGAACCUGGCCUUCCCAAGGAAUCCAGCAAGUCCAAGGGGUUCAACCCAUCCAAGGUAUCCGACGAACUGGAAGAAAUUGGCAAAGAGGACUCUUACAAAGCACCGGCCAAAGGACCGGCCAAACUGCCAACGUUUGCGGCUACCAAUCGGAGGGAUCGCUGCAUACCGACAGAAACGGUGGAGUUUACGAAUUACGAAGACUUUGUAAAGUCGCGCGGCAAAAGCGGAAAACGAUACGUGGCGAGCGACGAGAAAAAGGGGACAUUGACAUCUCCUCGAUUAUAUGGUCCCGGUUCCGUAGCCAAGACGGGCCGUCCCUAUGUAUCCAAGGCACGUAGAUAACCUCUGGCUGUCGCCAUUCUAUUGGUAGAGAUGAUAAAAAAUAGAGCGCAGAUGGCUAAUG